UUGUGAUCUUGUUCAAGCAAUUCAAUAUGUUAACAUGUAACUCUAAUGGAACAAAACUGAAAUGAUAACGUUUAGGUUGCUUAUUGGAACCCUUUUCUAUUCCGUUACAGAUGUUAAUGCAGAAUCUAUCUCAGACGACUGUCGAUUACCAGGAGUUUUAUAUCAAGGAACCAAAAACGUAACAGAAACUGGUAGAGCAUGUCAAAGAUGGGAUACGCAGACCCCACAUGAACACGGUUAUGAUGUGUUUAGCUUUGCAAAAGAGAACUACUGUCGGAACUUCGAUAGAGAGGAGCCAUGGUGCUUUACCAACGACACGGAUGUCCGCUGGGAACUCUGUGGCGUGGAAGUGUGUGCAACACCUUGUCUCAAUCAGUCUUUUUAUACAAAAGAAAUAAAGAGUCAGUGUGUUCCUGAUAUCCCAAGUGAUGGUGAAUACUGUAGCUAUAUAUUAAACCUGGUUUCAUGUUUGAAGAAAAAUGUUGAAAAUCUCACUGGUUCCAAUUGUUCCAAGAUUACAUGGCGUUCUAUUGCUCUGCAAAUAAAGGACACUUUAGAAGACUUAACAGGGAAAUCCAUCUCUCAAUGUAUUCUUUCACCGUGUCGAGAUCCAAGUGUAAAGGGUGAUUCUUUUGUGGUGAUUACCUUUGCCAUCCCUUGUUUUGAAGAAUUCUUCAGAGAUACAACAGAUGGGCCAACAUUAUGCCGAAUAAAACAGCGGAUUGGGCAUUGUGUUUUAUCAAAGGUACAAGACAGUGACAAAACAAACUCUACUUGUCUCGUCAAGGAUAAAUUAAGUAUGGCCAACAGGUUUUUACCUCUUCUUCCUGCACAGCUUCAAGAAAAUGCUAGUAUCUGUGUCAAAUACUUUUAUUCUGAAUUCCCUGCACCACUGGAAAAUAUAACAGGAAGUAAAGAAACAAACACCGAAUUUUCCCAAACAGCAAUGUUCGUAAGUUGA